AUCUGCGUCCGUGCGUGCGUGGCCGAUCUCCCUCGUCUUCGGGCCGCGUCGCGCCGUGCCUGGGUGAGGGUCACGGCCGCUACCGUCGGAUCGCGAGAAGAGAAAAAGAAAAAACAGCUCGAGUGCACGAUGUAAUCCGCACGCGACCGCGACCGUGACCGUGACGACGAUAAACACAAACCGCCCCCAAAAUUAGCCAAACAAAUCGUCCACGUAACCCUCCUCUCCUCUCCUCGCCUCGCCUCCCUCCCGACGAAGGAAAUCCCACCCUCUCCCCGCCCCGCGAAUCCGCCGCGGUAAACCACCCCCCGCGCCGCCGCCGCCGGUGCGGGCCGAGGCGGCGAAGAUGUCGUACGCCUACCUCUUCAAAUACAUCAUCAUCGGCGACACAGGGGUGGGCAAGUCGUGCCUGCUGCUGCAGUUCACGGACAAGCGGUUCCAGCCCGUCCACGACCUCACCAUCGGCGUCGAGUUCGGCGCCCGGAUGAUCACCGUCGACAGCAGGCCCGUCAAGCUCCAGAUUUGGGACACGGCAGGCCAGGAGUCAUUCAGAUCGAUAACUAGAUCGUACUACAGAGGGGCUGCCGGUGCUCUUUUGGUUUAUGACAUUACAAGGAGGGAGACAUUCAAUCAUCUUGCGAGCUGGCUGGAAGAUGCAAGGCAACAUGCGAAUGCUAACAUGACAAUAAUGCUUGUUGGAAAUAAAUCUGAUCUAUCUCAUAGGCGUGCUGUGAGCUAUGAGGAAGGCGAGCAGUUUGCAAAAGAGCACGGUCUGAUAUUUAUGGAGGCGUCUGCAAAAACCGCGCAGAAUGUUGAGGAGGCUUUUGUCAAGACUGCUGGAGCAAUAUACAAGAAAAUUCAAGAUGGUGUCUUUGAUUUAUCUAAUGAGGCUAAUGGAAUCAAACUUGGUUACACGGUCCCGGGCCAAUCCGGAGGUGCUGGUUCCUCGUCUUCUCAAGGGGGUGGCUGCUGCAGUAGCUAAUGGAACGAUAUACUCGGGUGUCUAUCGUGUGUCACACUGCCACUUACCCUUGGAAUCAUCUUCUUGAUGCUGACUGAAACGUAGUUGCUCCAGUGUUAACAUGCCAAAAGACUCGGUUCAUUUAUGUCUGCUGUGCAUAAACAGUAGUCUCUAGAUUUUUUUUUACAGCUUCAUGCCACUUGGCAUCUAGGAAUUCUUAUUGUCUGCAUGUGUAAUUACAAUAGCAAUGCAUGGUUUGAAUAUUUGGUACUUUGAUCCUGUUGUUUCAAUCAUUUGCUUUUGUUUAUUAUCAGGCCACCGUCUAUCAUUGAAGUCA